AUGUCAUCUUCAGACAAACAACCUUCGGCCUCAGACGCAGGCCUCAAGAUAUGGAGCUGCGUCAUAUGUCGUCGUCGCAAAGUCCGCUGCGAUAGACGAGAUCCAUGCUCAAAUUGCGUCAAGAACAACAUUGAGUGUCACUUCCCAGUGACCGGUCGCAUCCCUCGACGGAACCAGAAUCCAGGUGCCUACAAGUCUCCGGCACAGAAGCAAUCGGAGCUUCUCAGUCGUCUUAGGCGCCUCGAAUCUGUCGUGACGGAGCUUGCAGCACAGGUUGAAGAUGGUUCUCAGGAUCCCAGGGCUGCGAUAGCUCCAGGACCUUCUGGGGCAGUCAGCAUCUCAAGCUCAGAGACAGGUCCAACACCGGCGGGGUCUGAGGAUCCUUCUGUGACCGAGUCCUCAUUGACGGCCUCCUCCACUGGCCAACAAGCUGGCAGUGAAUAUGAUGAAGAGUUUGGUCGUCUAGUCGUCGACAAAGACGGCGGCCUCCACGUCGGAAAUCGCUUCUGGUCCGUCUUUUGCGGCGAGGUGGACAACAUCCUACAAGCAGUCCAUGAUGUUGCCGAGUACUCUGGGUCAUCUAGCGACUCAAUUAUGCCAGAGCCUGGUCUUGAAAGUGGUCCAUCUCCUUUCAGCCAUCUGGGCUUCGUCUUUGGCAACGCCGACUUCGCCAAGGCUCUUGAUGGCCUCAACCCCAUGCCUUCUCAGAUGUUGUUCAUCUGGCAGGCAUACGUUGAGAACGUAGACCCCUUCAUCAAGGUCCUUCAUGUUCCAACCGUCGAAAAGGUCGUCCGUGAAUUAAGAGGCAACUUCAGUUCCUAUGGCGCCAACAUGGAGGCGUUGCUAUUCGCAAUCUCACUCGCGGCAAUUACAUCCAUGGACGAAGAAGCAGUGUCGUUCAAUUUCAACACACCAAAAUCUCAGCUCAUACAGCGGUAUCAAUUUGGAACUGAGCAGGCACUCGCACGUGCAGAUUUUCUCGUCACGAAAGACAUCAUCGCCCUCCAAGCACUCGUCAUUUACCUCUCCCUGCUUCCUCAUCUAGGAUCCAAGGAAAAGGUAUGGCCAAUGAUGGGCCUAGUUCUAAGGCUUGCAAAGUCGGCUGGACUUCACCUCGACGAUACUAGUCAUACAAGGAGUCAACUGGAAAUGGAAACCAGACGGCGCCUGUGGUGGCAGAUCUGUUUCGUGGAUUCCCAGAGUCGGAGGGCUGAGGCUCCUGAGCUGUCCAUCACGUCGUCGUCCUUUGACGCGAGUAUACCCUCGAACUUGGACGAUAUCGACCUGCUUAACGGGGCGCCAUCUCACUUGCCAGUAUCCCAUGAGAAGCCAACAGCUACAACACUUUGUCUCAUCCGCUGCGAGCUGUGGCGACUAACACAGUCUUUACGCGAUGACACAUCCAAGAGCUCAGAAUCACAUCUUGAACUUCUCAAUCUAACAAAAACAAAGAUUGAGAUCAAAUAUCUCCGCCACCUCCAUCUGGACAGGCCUUGGGACAGUUUCAUCAAGACCAUGACAACACUCUUCUUCUCCAAAGUCGAGCUCCUCGUCUGUCGACAACCCAACUCACAGCACUUAAUCGAUACGUCCCUUGAUUUGCCAAUCGACUCUUGUGGUAACCUCUUAUACACCGGUGUCCAGGCGAUAAUGACAUUCCGCGCAUUGUACACACAACUCUUCCCCCCAACACCGCCGCUCACCGAAGACAAUGUUCCCUCGCAACGCGGAAAGGUGUUUAUUGUGACGGGUGGAAACUCGGGUGUUGGUUUCGAGUUGUGCAAGAUCCUCUACACCACAGGUGCAACGAUCUACAUGACCUCCCGAUCGGAGGAACGCGCAAUGAAUGCUAUCAAGCAAAUUACAAGUAGCGAACCAGCCCCUGCCAACCCCGGAGUGCUCAAUUUCCUUCACCUGGAUCUCAACGACCUCCACUCCGUCCGGGUCUCGGCAGCCAAGUUUGCUAGCCAAGAGGCCAAGCUCAACGUCCUCUGGAACAACGCCGGAACGGGCGGAUACCGUGUCUCGCCAGGAGCCAAGACGGCCCAAGGUCUUGAGGCCAUGGUGGGCAUGCAUUGCGUGGCCACGCUGCUCUUCACCACACUCCUUUUACCGCAACUCCGUGCCGCGGCGUCUGGGGCUGCGAGGGUUGUUUGGACGUCUAGUAUCGUUGCGGAUCAAGGAUCACCACCCAAUGGUAUCAACUUUGAUACCCUUUCAACAGGCACACCAGACCGUGUGCUGAACUACGCCGUCUCCAAAGUCGGCAGCUGGAUGCUCAGCCGUGAGCUGGCCCGUAGACACGGCAGCGAGGGCAUCAUCAGCGUCGCCCAGAACCCAGGCAACGUCAAGGGCGGUUCGUACGAGGGCACCCCGGCCGCGACCAUGUUCCUCCUCAACCGGUUCCUGCUCCACCCUUCCAAGUUCGGGGCGUACACGGAGCUCUACGCCGGGCUGUCCCCCGACAUCACUCCCGGCGACAACGGAGCCUACAUCAUCCCGUGGGGGCGGAUCCGGCCGGACGCCGAGUGCCCACGCAGAGACAUUGUUCACGCCAUGUUGACCGAGGAGGACGGCGGGCUGGGAUAUUGUAGCAAGUUGUGGGACUGGUGUGAGGAGCAGUGGCAGGCAUAG